AAAAUCAACUGAUAAAUAUACGCUCCAUAAGGGAAGGGUUUUAGACCUUAAAAAAAGGGCGUCCAACUUGUGUUCAAGAAGAUGAAUCCAUCAAUUCCCAAAGAAAUAGUCAUUCAAAUAUUCACAUGGCUUCCUGUCAAGUCCAUAAUGCGUUUCAAGUGCGUUACCAAAUUCCUUAAUUCUCUUAUUUCCGAAUCAUAUUUUACGGAUAUUCAUACAACUCACUCUAUGACCCGUCUGGGUGGAAGAAAAUACUUUUUGGAUGGAUCGGAAUUUUAUUGCACUUCUGAUCAGGAAAGGGAAGAUGUAAAAUCCUCUGCUUCCGGCGUUGUUCAAAUUCAGAGUUUUGAUGAACUCCCCUUCUAUAUCCCUGUAGGUUCUAAUUUAAGUUGCGCUAACGGUUUAUUUUGCAUUCAGAAACCUGCUGCAAUUUUAAACCCUAGUACAGGACACGUAAGAUUUCUUCCCAAACUAAAUGAUAAUUUGUCUAUGCUUUACUAUUGGUUAGGUUUUGAGCCAGAAGAAAACAAGUACAAAGUUCUUUUGACAAGAACUACUAUUAGCAAACCGUACCUAAAACACCGGGUUUUCACAUUAGGCAUAGACGAAUCAUGGAGAGAGACUCAAAGCUUCCCCUAUCAUGUUAUGUCCAAGCAUGGGAUUUGCAUCAAUGGAGUUAUCUAUAUGUUUGUUUUCCAUGAUGAACUACUUGCUAUAGAUGCAUUUGAUCUUAAAACUGAAAGUUCCAAACUUAUUGUAUUGAAGAAUGCAUCUAAGUGGUGGUAUUACGAGUUGAUAGAGGUGAAGGGUCAGCUAGCAAUCAUUGAUUAUGAAAAAUGGUCACGUGAAUAUAUCCACUUGCGGGUUUUAGGACAAAUUCAGAAAGAAGAAGAAUGGGAGAGUCAUAUCAUUCACUAUCCUUCAAUGUGGAAGCACAUACCACCACAUGUCAUAUCCGACGUCAUAUUAUCAUGCAUGGCUUGUGAUGGGCAGAUUUUAUUCAUCCUCAACUUAGAGUCAGGUAUUUUAUGCUCGUGUUAUGAUGUCACAAGACAAAGUUGGAGAAAAAUAGAAACAAAGGGGCUUCCUACGAAUCAUCGCAUCAAACGCAUUUAUAGUUACGUAGAAACACUAGUUAUGUAGAAAUUAAUUCUCUUUCCAUUUGAGAAUUUUUUGCAAUUCAUAUGUUAUUUUUAUUGCAUCAUGAUAUUAAGCAUAAUUUAGUGUCAAAUUAGUAUCUAAAUAAAAGU